UGCUCUAUGGUUGAAAGUGAUCGGACAGAGUCGACUGUACUUAUUUGUGUAAAAUAAAUUAGUAAAAAUAUUCUGAAAAGUAGUAAGAGUAGUGAUUUACGUUCAAUGGUAGUAAAACUUGAGAAAUAAAAUAAAGUGUAACAUAUCAUCGUAUUGUUAGCAUCAAAAUGGCGAUGCAAUGCCAACUAUGGAUGGGCAGUCUGGAGCCCAACAUGACAGAGAGCUUCAUCAUGGCUGCCUUCAAUAGAAUGGGACAGCGGCCAUUGGCCGUGAAAGUAAUGCGGAACAAAUUCACUGGAGAACCAGCUGGAUAUGCAUUUGUGCAUUUUCAGACAGAUGAAGAGGCAAUAGAUGCCAUGCAUAAAUUAAACGGGAAACCAAUCCCAGGUACAUUCCCAGUGGUGCGAUUCCGCCUAAACACUGCCUCAAGGGAAGCUCGUGCUAACAUGCAACAAGAAAGAGAGUUCUCUGUGUGGGUUGGAGAUCUUAGCCCUGAUGUUGAUGACUACUCACUGUACAGAAUUUUCGCCUCAAAGUAUUCUUCUAUUAAAACCGCAAAAGUAAUCUUGGACAGCUCAGGUUAUACAAAAGGUUACGGUUUUGUGCGGUUUGGAAAUGAAGAGGAACAAAGGAAUGCUUUGUAUGCAAUGAAUGGUUACACAGGGCUUGGUUCAAAACCUUUGAAGAUUUGUACUGCUGUACCCAAACCUAAAUGUACAACUACUCCACAGAACCAGUCUGCACCAACCACUCCCAAUUCAACAUUCAACAAUGGAGCGGAGUACAAUCAAUACUAUGAUCCGUCCGCAUACUGGCAGAAUUAUUCUGCGUGGUCUGGCUACUACGGGCAGGGAGACCAGAGUGCGGCGCCUCCGCAGACCGUGCCUGUUGUCGACCCCUCUCAAGUCACCGCUGUGAAGGCCCAGACCGACGAACUAGCUCUAGUUGAGCAUAAAAAAGUUAUCGACGUUGACCUACUAAACCAAGAGUUUUUGGAUCCAGAGUUAUCGCUCUGGGACACGCUAGAAGAAUCCCAGUGGCUACCCAACGAGGUAGUGGAAGCGCAUUAGUUAUAACAUUAGUUUUAAGUGACGCGGAUAUUUUGUAAAUAAAUA